AUGUCGACAGUGGAUCAAAAGCUUGUGAAGCGCCAGCGCUUUGAGCAUGUGUUCUCGCAAAUAGUCGAGGAGCUUCUCGAGUUCCUCAAGACUCAGAAAAUGCCAGAAGAGGCCAGCACUUGGUUUAAGCGGAACCUUGAAUACAAUACACCCGGAGGCAAACUCAAUCGAGGUCUUUCUGUCGUGGAUACUGUUGAGAUUCUCCUGUGCACAGACGAGCACGGUCAAAAAACACGCGAGCUGACAGAGAGUGAGUAUGUCCAAGCAGCCGUGCUUGGCUGGUGUGUUGAGUUACUCCAGGCAUACUUCCUUGUGGCUGAUGAUAUGAUGGAUGCAUCGAUUACGCGACGCGGUCACCCAUGCUGGUACCGAGUGGACGGUGUCGGCAACAUUGCAAUCAACGACGCUUUCAUGCUCGAGGCAGCGAUCUAUCAUCUCCUCAAGACACACUUCAAGAGCGAGUCGUAUUAUGGCCACCUCUUGGAACUCUUCCACGAUGUCACGUUCCAGACCGAACUGGGUCAGCUGAUCGAUUUGAUCACGGCACCAGAAGAUGUUGUUGAUCUCUCGAAAUUCUCGCCUGAAAAGCACCGCCUCAUCGUGGUGUACAAGACAGCGUUCUAUUCGUUCUACCUACCAGUUGCACUUGCAAUGCGUAUGUGUCAUGUCAACGACGAGGCCGCGUUCAAGCACGCCCAAGAUAUUUUGAUUCCAUUGGGCGAAUACUUCCAGAUUCAGGACGACUACCUUGACUGUUAUGGCGCUCCUGAAGUAAUAGGCAAGAUUGGCACGGAUAUCUUAGACAACAAGUGCUCAUGGAACAUCAAUGUGGCUCUUUCUCAUGCGACACCAGAGCAGCGCAAAGUUUUGGACGAAAACUACGGUAAAAAGGAUGCACAGUGCGAGCAAAGGGUUAAAGAUGUCUUCAAUGCCGAGAACAUCGAUCUUCCAGCCAAGUUCGCCACCUACGAGCGUGAAAGUUACGAUCGCAUUCAUUCGCUCAUCAAUGCCGUCCCAGAAUCGUUCGGCGUUAAGCGCGCAGUGUUUCUUUCCUUCUUUGACAAGGUCUACAAACGCACUAAGUAG